AUGUUUCCGCAUCCUGUUCACAUCAGAAUGAGAUCUUUAUUUUUGCUUUCAGGAAAUAUGACAAAUCUUAGCGAUGGAAAUUCAUCUCUUGUUACUGGUGAAAUAAGCAUCCUCCUUUCGCAAAAUAUUAUGAUAUUACUAAUUGUGCUAAUCUCAUUCUUUAUUUUGGUCACAGUCUUGGGUAACACUCUUGUCAUUUUAGCUUUUAUCGAGGACAAGAGACUAAGAAAUCAGAGUAAUUUCUUUCUUCUCAAUCUCGCCAUCUGUGACUUCUUUAUUGGUGCCUUCUGUAUCCCAUUGUAUGUUCCAUAUGUUUUCACUGGGAAGUGGCUUCUUGGAAAUGUAGUUUGUAAACUAUGGUUGGUUGUGGAUAAUCUUAUGUGUACAGCAUCAGCUCUGAAUGUUGCCCUUAUUAGCUAUGACAGAUUUGUAUCUGUUGCCAUGGCAGUGAUGCAUCGAUCGCAGCAAAAUAACCAUGGUCAAACUGUCCUCAAGAUGGCUGCUGUCUGGAUCCUGUCAUCUCUUGUCUACAGCCCAGCUAUUCUUUUCUGGGAUUAUUUGGAUGAUGAUAAACCCAUUCCUGACUUUCUUUGUGUUCCAGGAUACUAUUACAGCUGGUAUUUUCUUCUUGGAGCCUCAACGUUUGAUUUUUUUCUUCCUCUGACAAGCAUUUCAUUUUUUAAUCUCCGGAUUUACUGGAAUAUUAAAAUGAGGAGCAGAAAAAAGAGACAAGUUAUGAUCUCUUCGGCUUCCUCAAAUGAGCACGAGCCACCGGCUGGACCCUUUGUUAUAGCAAGCAAUAUUUUGAACAAUGGAAGAUCAGAAUGUAAAUCCUCUACAGUAAAGAUGGUCAAAAAGAGAUUGCUUCCUUUACUGUUCAUGCAAUGCUUUAAAACCAAUGUUAAAGAUUCUUCUUUAUAUCAGGCACAAGCAGCAAGGAGCAAUAUCCGUAUUGUUAAGCUCUCCCAUGAUAAGAAAAUUGCGAAGUCGCUUUCAGUCUUGGUUUGUGUUUUUUGCAUCUGUUGGGCCCCUUACUCACUUCUCAUGGUAAUACGUGCAGCGUGUCGUGACUAUUGUUUAGACUCUUACUGGUAUGAUAUUACAUUUUGGUUGUUAUGGCUUAAUUCGUCAAUAAAUCCUCUUCUCUACCCUCUGUGCCAUACUAGUUUUAGGAAAGCCUUUUUAAAAGUCAUUUCCAAGUGUAUGUUAACUACCUGAUGAUAAGGUACAUGAAAAACAAA